CACACACACACACACACACAGAGAGAGAGACACACACACACACACGGUGGGAGGAGCAGAUGAAAUCGAAAGUGUUCAGAGAGUCAGUCUCACCUGAGCAGAACAGGUGGAAACCAGGAAACUACCGAAGUGUUGGAGCUUCACCUCUCAGACCAGAGAAGAUGAGUGAUCUGCAGGAAGACGAGGACAGAGCAGAGUCUCCAGUGUCCAGCUGUGUGUCAAUGAAGAGUGACCGGUCCAGACGUCGUCCUCCAGACUUCAGUCGUGAACCUGGACCCUCACACUCAGAACAAAGAUCAGAGUCUCCAGUGUCCAGCUGUGUGUCCAUGAAGAGUGACCGGUCCAGACGUCGUCCUCCAGACUUCAGUCGUGAACCUGGACCCUCACACUCAGAAGAGAAGAGGAGUCAUGUCUCUGAGGAGAAGCUGCCGUCCUGCUGUGCUUCUUGUCAGGACGUCCUGAAGGAUCCAGUCUCCACCAGCUGUGGACACUGGCUCUGCAGACGCUGCAUCACCUCAUACUGGGACCAGUCGGGUUCACCAGGAGAGUCCUCCUGUCCCCAGUGUGGACAAAGAUCCAGAACAGGACCUGGAGCUCAGACAGCAGGUUGAGUUACUGCAGGUUGUCAGAGAUCAGCUGUUCUUCUCUGGCCUCAGCUCUGAAGUCCA